AUGGGCAAUUUUGUCCUUUUCCCACCCGCGAGGAAUCCAGAAUGCGCAUUUCACGCCGCUUUCCCCUUCCAAGACCAGCCGUGUUCGCCACUCGGCCAAUUUUUCACUUUUUUGGUCACCUCUCAAGUCAUUUCUUUGAUCCUUCUUUCAAUCCGGGAGCCUGUCCGGUCUAGCUGCAGGUGCAGGCCAGACCUGGAGCAGCCCAGACUCUUCGGCAACCAAAAACCAACGAUGUGGUUAGCAAAAAGCAGGCCUCCUCUGGCCUCGUCCACCAGACGCAUUGCUCCAGGCCAGGUCGAGUUUGUCGGGACCACUGUGUUGACCAUGCAAUCCCGGCAACAGCGAGAUUCUAGACCCGUCAGAGGGGCGUAG